AUGACCCACGAGAUUGAUUACAACCGGCAAUAUCAUUCAGAUGAUGUAAUAUAUUAUAUCUUCAAGGAUAAGUUAGUAUUUUAAAAAUCUGCUAUCAUUAUAAGAAGUGCGAUUAAAAUUUCUGAUUGGUUUGCCGCGAUUGUGUCAUUUUCUCAUUUUACUUCUCAGGUCAAACUUGAAAUUAAACAUAGUUUCAAAGUGAGGUUAGGUCUUCAAUGUUUUGGGAACCAACAACAAAAACUAAAUUUUGCUAGUUACUGUAGCAGUACAGGUAAAUUAAACAAAAACAAUGUCUUCGUGGCUUUUUGGGUCUAGAAGAAAUGACCCACCUUCAGGAGAGUUUCCACAAUUUCCUCCUGCUGGUGGAGGUGAUGGAGGAGGAGGAGAAUCUGAUGAAGAGCGCAAGAAGAGGAUGGAAGCUUAUAGGUUCGAUUCUGCUGCUUUAGAAAGAGCUGCAAAAGCCGCAAAGGAUUUAGAAACGUCAAGGUUUGCCAAGGAAGCAUUAGAUCUCUCUAAACAACAAGAGGUUACUCGCCAGCAGGAAUAUUUGGCAAAAGUCAAAGAAUAUGAAGCUCACAUCGAGCAGUCGAAGAGUGAACUCAAGCGGGUUGAAGCUGAGGAGAAGCGGAAAACUCUGGCAGAGGAGACAAGGCAACAUCAAGCUAGAGCUCAAUACCAGGACCAACUAGCUCGCAAGAGGUAUGAAGAUCAGCUCCUUCAACAACAAAGGGUGAAUGAUGAGAACUUGAGAAGACAAGAGGAGUCUGUUGCUAAACAGGAAGCAAUGCGAAAAGCUACCAUUGAGCACGAGAUGGAGAUGAGGGCGAAAUUAGAGAUGAAGAAACUGGAGGCAGAGAUGGCUGCAAAGGCGAAAGCUGACCGGGAAAACCAAGAUUUGACACUGGAGCAGAUCAGAGUUCGGGCUGCGGAACAAAGAGUCACGAUCCUCGAGUCAAUCAAGAGUGCUGGUACAGUGCUAGGGUCUGGGUUCUCCGCUCUACUGACAGACUGGGACAAAGUGCUGGCCUUGGCUGGUGGUGUGUCCCUGCUGGCACUAGGAGUCUACUCUGCCAAGGGUGCUACCUCGGUGACUGCCAGAUACAUCGAGGCUAGACUAGGUAAACCAUCUCUUGUGCGAGAUACAUCACGACUGUCACUACUGGAGAGUCUGCGACAGCCGGUGGAGACUUUCAAGAAGUUGAAGCCUGCGUCUGGAGACGCUCUGUCGGGCGUGGUGCUGGCUCCUUCACUGGAGGAAAGACUAAGGGACGUUGCGAUAGCUACUAGGAACACCAAGAGAAACAAGGGAAUGUAUCGGAACAUUCUGAUGCACGGACCACCGGGGACAGGAAAGACUAUGUUUGCUAAGAAAUUGGCAGCCAAUUCGGGUAUGGACUACGCCAUUUUGACAGGAGGAGAUGUAGCCCCGAUGGGAAGGGACGGAGUUACAGCUAUUCAUAAGGUGUUUGACUGGGCCAACACAUCACGUAAAGGUCUGCUGCUGUUCGUGGAUGAAGCAGAUGCAUUCCUCCGUAAACGCAGUUCAGAAACAAUCAGCGAAGACUUGCGUGCGACUCUCAACGCUUUCCUUUACCGAACUGGAGAGCAAAGUCAGAAGUUUAUGCUGGUACUUGCCAGUAACACUCCAGAGCAGUUUGACUGGGCCGUCAACGAUCGUCUGGACGAGAUGGUGGAGUUCAACCUGCCUGGACUGGAGGAGCGCGAGAGACUCAUGAGGUUGUACUUUGACAAGUUUGUACUCCAGCCUGCACUCGAGGGCAAAGGCCGACUCAAGGUGGAGCAGUUUGACUACUCAGCGUUCUGUUCAGAGAUGGCCAAGUUGACGGAGGGAAUGUCCGGACGAGAGAUCGCCAAGCUUGGAGUGUCAUGGCAGGCGGCCGCUUAUGCAUCGGAGGACGGCGUGCUUACGGAGAAGAUGGCUCGUGACAGAACUUACGACUCCGUCAAACAGCAUCAGCAGAAGGUGGAAUGGCAAAGUGAGCAGGAAAGAAGGGAGUCUAAAAGCAUCAGCAGUAGAGUCGAGGGUUUACCAUAUACACUACACCCUCCCCCCUCCCCCACCACUAAAUCUGCGUCUCCUGCCAGCGAGGCGGAACCAAGCGUCAAACCUUCGUAACGCUCAGGGUCAACUGAAAUAGUCAGUCAAGGAUAGUGAAGAUUCCAUGUUAAAAGAAGGCAUCGCAGCAAUUUUUUAAAUCACGACAUUUAGUUGAAGACUGAUUUAUUUCCGCUGGACUUGUUCAACAGAGCUAACUCUAGUUACCACGUGGUUACAAUGUUGGAUGUUCGGCAAUGUUGAGUUUGUUUGUGUACAGAUGUUGUUUACUGUUGAAUCUGUAUCAACUUAACUCUGAUCAUUUACAUUUUGUUAAAUUUAUAUUUAAAGUAUAAAAAUGUAUAGACUGCCAUGCAUCUAGAAUAAAUUUUUUGUUUAUA